GACAGAUAAGGACCGUUAGGUAGUGACGAUUACAUGUGCACACAGCCUUCACUGACGCGUGCAGCACAGAGUCAGACACGUCCGAUAAGCUUAUCCGUAAUAGCGACCUUUCCCAAGGCGGCUAGUCGAAUCGGUUAUCCAGCUUGUCGUGCCGCCUCAACCCUGCUUGAAUUUUCUGAUAGCGGCGGAUGGGAGCACUCCAACCAUAGUGGAGAGUCCACUCUGAGAACGCGGGGCCUCAAGGUCGACUGACUUUUAUUCUUUCCCUGGCAAACGCUUCCUGUCUUCCGAUUCAUCUUUUCAACAACCCUUUUUUUGCCCAUCCAUCCAUUCAUCCUCACCCCCAUACUUCAAAAUGCAGUCCAUCCGUCGUGCCGCUCUCAGAUCCGCCCUCUCUGCUUCGAGGGCUAUCUCUACCCAGGCUCCUGCUGCGUCUUUCUCCGCCAGCAUUGCCCGCACUGCUCUUGUCUCCAGCAGAAUCCAGGCUAUCCGCUUCUUCUCUCAGUCCCCCCGUGUCCUCAACACUGAGGAGCCUACCCAGCCUGAGCAGACCGAGACCGAGACCGAGACUGCCCCUGCUGCUACCGAGGAGGCCGCUGUCCAGGAGGACACCCGUGAUGGCCACGCCGCUUUCGUCCGCAACAUCGUCUUCGAUGCUACCGAGGAGCACCUCAAGGGCGCUUUCGAGAAGUUCGGCAACGUCACCAACGUUUUCCUUGCCCGUGAUGCCCGCGGCUUGAGCAAGGGUUACGGUUUCGUCACCUUCGCCACCCGUGAGGCCCUCGAGGAGGCCUGCUCCCAGGUCGACGGCUCUUUCUGGCACGGUCGCCGCAUUAGCGUCGAGCCCCGCCGUGCGAAGGCCAGCCGUGGCGGCUCCACCGGCGAGCCUUCCGCCUGCCUUUUCAUUGGCAACAUCCCCUACGAGACCACCGAUGCCGAGCUGAACAACAUCUUUGUCGGCAUUGACGGUCUCAAGGACGUCCGCGUCGCCGUUGACCGUGCUACCGGCUGGCCCCGUGGCUUUGCCCAUGCCGACUUCGUCGACGUCGAGUCUGCCGUUACCGCCUUGGAGAAGCUCCAGGGUACCCAGCUCGGCGAGAGGACCGUCAAGCUUGACUAUGCUCAGCCCGUCGCUGCUCGUCAGCCCCGUGAGAACAACGGCGAGCGCCGCGAGUACAACGGUGAGCGUCGCGAGUACAACGGCGAGCGUCGCGAGUACCGCCCCCGUCAGCAGCGUGAUGGGCAGCGCGAUGGCCAGCGCAGCUACAACCGCGACGGUGGUAACCGCAGCUACAACCGUGAGGGUGGCAACCGCAGCUACAACCGCGAUGGUGGCAACCGCAACUACAACCGCCGCGACCAGGGCGAGUCCACCGAGUUCUAAACUGGCAAGCCGCAAUUGAGGGCAUGCAAUGGUUACGACACGGCUGGGUGAAGAGGAUGGGAAACGGAUGUAAUGGAGGGCAAAACUGGGCAAGUUCGGUUUAAAAAAAAAAAGCCGGUUGUGUUUCUUGACAAAUGUUGCCAAAAUUGGGGCACAUUGGGAUUGGGAAACUGUGGGAUUGGUGUUGUGGCGCCUUUGCAGUACGAUCACUCUGCGUACAUCA